CAGAUUCGAUAUUCCUACCUUCGACAUCAGUGUGUAAUAAUGCUGCUCUAUUAUUUUUACUUAUUGGCCCUUUUAAUCCUGCCAUCAACUUUCUCCAAAGAGAUUUUGGAUAAAAGAGCCUUACAGCCAUCGCAUGAAAAAUCGCAACAAGAAAAAUGGGCCGAUGCGUUUAUACAGAAAAGCCAAGCCGACCAACAAGUAGAUUUAGUGAUGCUAUUGAAGAAAAUCACAAGAUCAUAUUUAUUGGAUUGUACUCCGAUUAUUCUGUUCGACUCGUUCACUGAAAAAAACGAUAAUUUACUCCUAGAAAAAUUAUUAACAAAUUUCCCUACGGCAUACAUUCACGGACAAAUCACUGAAGAUUACAACACAACAUUGAAAAUUUCUGUACGAGAUAUGCAACCCACCUGCAUCACCUAUUUACUGUUCAUGAAAGAUGUUAUGAAGUCUAAAGACGUAAUUGGAGUGCAAAGCAACAAUAAAGUCAUUGUGGUUGCCAGAUCUUCGCAAUGGAGGGUAUUUGAAUUUCUUUCACACGAAGAAUCCAGGUUUUUCGUUAACUUGCUAGUUAUUGUACAGUCUGAAAGAAUUAUGGAAGCACAUCAGGAAGCUCCUUAUAUUCUUUACACGCACAAAUUGUACGUAGACGCUUUAGGAUCCAGCAAACCAAUUGUGUUAUCGAGUUUCCAAGACGGUAAUUUAACAAGGAAAGUGAACUUGUUCCCUAAGAAACUUAGCGGUGGAUUUUCCGGUCAUAGAUUUAUUGUAUCAAUGUCUCAUCAACCUCCAUAUAUUAUAUCGAAAGGAAGAACUAUUGAUGGUGAAAAAAUAUUCGAAGGAGUCGAAAUAAGAUUGGUCAAUUUGUUGUCUAAGUUGUAUAAUUUUACUACGGAUUACAGAGAAGCAACAGAGGAUAAUAAUGUUGGAUCUUCAGAGGCGGUAACAAGAACUAUUGAAAAGAAAAAAGCCAAUAUCGGCAUUGGAGGUAUAUACGUAACACCCGACAAACUAGAGAGAGUGGGCUUAACGACUUGGCACUCCAGGGACUGCGCUGCGUUUAUUUCACUGGCUUCCACGGCUUUACCCAGAUACCGUGCUAUACUGGGACCUCUGCAUUGGUCAGUUUGGUUAGCUUUGAUUCUCGUUUACUUAGGUGGUAUCUUCCCCUUGGCCUUUUCCGAUAAACACACAUUGAGACAUUUAAUAACAAAUCCAGCGGAAAUUGAGAACAUGUUUUGGUACGUUUUCGGCACUUUUACGAAUUGUUUUACGUUUUCCGGAAAAGGAUCAUGGAGCAGAGCUAAUAAAGUCACCACAAAAUUAUUGAUAGGUUUUUAUUGGAUUUUUACUAUAAUUAUAACCGCCUGCUACACUGGAUCGAUUAUCGCUUUUGUCACGUUGCCAGUGUUUCCCUCUGUCGUAGAUUCUGCUGAGCAGCUAUUGAGCGGAUGGUACCAAAUCGGAACAUUAGAUAAAGGCGAAUGGCAGUACUUGUUUCAAAAUUCUUCAGAUGAUAUAACAAAAAAACUAUUAAAAAAUGUGGAUUUAGUACCAACAGUAGAAGAAGGUUUAAAAAAUACAACAAAAAUGUCUUUCUGGAGAUACGCCUUCCUGGGUUCCAAAGCACAAUUGGACUAUAUAGUUAGAACAAAUAUGACUACUAGAGGAAAACGAUCUGUACUACACAUUAGCAAGGAAUGUUUUGUUCCAUUCAGCGUUGCAUUGGCCUAUCCUUCGAAUUCUGUAUACGCCGAGAUACUAAACAGAGGUAUAGAAAGAAUUAAAGAGGCUGGUAUCAUGAUGAAAUUCAGAACGGACGUUGAAUGGGAAAUGAUGAGAAGUGCAACUGGCAAAUUACUAGCCGCAACCACCGGAGUGAGUUUAAAAACUCUCGCUUACGAAGACAGAGCGUUAAGUCUCGAAGACACGCAAGGUAUGUUCCUGCUUCUUGCUAUAGGGUUUGUCUUUGGAGGAGGAGCGCUGGUUGUCGAAUGGUUUGGAGGCUGCUACAAAAUUUGCAGGAGAAAUAAACGAAGGGGUAGCGAUGAUUCCAUUGAAAGCAACCCUAGGAUGCACGAGAGGCAGCUGCCUCAAUCAAAGUGGAAAUUGAAAGAGCGAUAUGAGCAUUUAAAGAGAUCAUUUGAAGAAAAACUCGAAAACUCUAGCGCAAAAACGGAAGAAUAUUAUAAUGAUGAUAAAAAUUCCGAACAAAUCGAUAAUAUAAUAGACAAGAUAUUCGAAGAUGUUCUGAAAAAUGAAGAAGAAAACGAUAAAAAAAUAUCAUCGAAGGAAACGAAGAAUUAUGAUACACAUGAAAUCGAUUAUUGAAAAAAUAUUUAUCGAAAUCGAUAUGGAUUAGCCUAGUUUAAAUAAAUUGAUUCAA